AUGGGAGCACUGAGAGAGACAUGGUGGAUACCAAAGAUGAGAACAUUGGUCAAGAGAGAAAUCAGGAAUUGCAAUGUGUGCAAAGUAUUUUCUGCAAAACCAUUUGAAGCACCAGCAACAGCUGCGCUCCCAAUGUUUCGUACAGUUCAGAGCCUGCCAUUCCAGAACACAGGUGUUGACUUUGCCGGGCCUCUCAAGUGCAGGGGGAGUACAAGCAAAGAAGAGAUCAAAGUUUACGUGAUUAUUUUCACUUGUGCUGUGAUGAGAGCAGUUCAUUUAGAGGUAACAAGGUCACAAACUGCUGAAGAAUUUCAGAGGAAGUUAAAUGCGUUCAUUACAAGGAAAAUGAGACCAGAGGUCAUAGUCUCUGACAACGCAAGUGUUUUCAAGACAACAGCUGAGUGGAUAAAAUUGAUACGAAAAAGUGAAAAAUUGCAAGACCAUUUGGCAACUCUAGGCAUCACUUGGAGGUUCAACUUGUCGAAAAGUCCCUGGUGGGGGGCGAUGUAUGAAAGAUUAAUUAAGGAUUUAAAGAAGACAUUGUACAAAACCCUUGGAAAAACGCAUUUGCAAUUUGAACAACUGGAAGCAGUCAUCAUGGACAUAGAGAGGCAUUUGAAUAACAGGCCAUUGACAUAUGUAGAAAGUGAAAGUGGGGAGGAGCAAGUGCUAACACCUAACAUAAUCAUGUGGGGGAAGGAUUCACAUACAUUUGAAGAUGUGGAGGUAGACGAAGAAAGAGUGACCAAGAUGUAUAAGAGAUCGAAGAAUGCGAAAGAGCACGUAUGGUCACGUUGGAACAAAGAGUAUAUCAACAGUUUAAUGGAAGUGCAUCGUAUUAACAGAAAGAAGAGUGCAUGUCUGCCACGGAUCGGAGAAGUAGUACUAGUUGUUGGUGAUGAAAGAAAUAAAGGGCAGUGGAAGAAAGCGAGAGUAGAAGAGCUUGUGAAAGGAAGAGACGACGUAGUCAGGGGAGUGCUUUUGAGACACAAAGGACAUCUCAUAGAGCGACCGGUUCAAGCUAUCUGCCCAUUGGAGAUUGGUUGUCAAGCGAAGGAGUCACAGACAGUGGAAACAAUCAAAGGAGCAACUGAUGACAAAGUCAAUGUGAUAACAGUUGAAACAAUCAACGGAGCAAUCGAUGCCAAGGCCAAUGUGACAACAAGAGAGAAGAGAAGAGCUGCGGUGGAUGCAGAAGUGAAGACGAGACUUUGUUUGGAAGAAGAUUGA